AGAAGCUUUGCUGUGGCAAAGCUCUUCUUCAAACUCUCUCUCUCUCUGCAGAGAGCAAGAGAAAACCUAACGCUCUACUGAAACCUUAUCCUAACCUUAGAAAUGGAUGCUAUCAGAAAGCAGCUCGAUGUGCUCAUGGGAGCGAACCGUAAUGGCGACGUGACGGAGGUGAAUCGCAAGUACUACGACAGAGAUGUCUGUCGUCUGUUCUUAGUUGGGCUUUGCCCUCACGAGCUUUUCCAAUUAACGAAAAUGGAUAUGGGUCCAUGUCCAAAGGUGCACUCGUUACAGCUGAGGAAAGAAUACAAAGAGGCCAAAGCAAAAGGUAUUGAUAACUAUGAAAGAGAUUUAGAGGAUGUCAUAGACAGGCUUAUUGUUGAAUGUGAUCGGAAGAUUACAAGAGCUCUUAAGCGUCUCGAGGAUGAGGAUGCAAAAGCUGCCAUUGCCAUUUCUGUUUCCGAGGUUACCCAGUCACUUGAGGUACUGGAGUUGUCAAAGCAAAUUAAAGAAAAGUUGAAAGAGGUCGAUGAGCUUGAUCUUGAAGGAAAAACAGAUUCUAAGAUUCGGGCUCUGGAAGUGGUGGAAGAACUCAGAGCCAAAAGAGCAGACAAACAGUCUAUGCUUCUUCUGGAUGCCUUCAACAAGGAUAGAGCUUCUCUACCACAACCGCUUCCAAACCCUCCAUCAUUGGCUCCAUUGCCUAUGCUCGCUCCUCCAGAUCCACGAACCCAGGAAAUGAUAAAUGAGAAGCUGAAGAAGGCAGAGGAUCUGGGUGAGCAAGGAAUGGUAGAUGAGGCACAGAAAGCACUGGAAGAGGCUGAAGCACUGAAGAAGUUGGGAGCCAGGCAGGAACCAGUUCUGGACUCUUCAAAGUACACUGCAGCUGAUGUGCGCAUUACUGAUCAGAAGCUACGUGUAUGUGACAUUUGUGGAGCAUUCCUGAGCGUAUAUGACAGUGACCGUCGUUUGGCUGAUCAUUUUGGGGGAAAGCUUCACUUGGGCUAUAUGCAAAUCCGUGAGAAGUUGGCCGAACUUCAGGAAGAGAAGAACAACAGUCGUAAAAUUCGGGCUGAAGGUGAUAGAAGGUCAAAAGAGCGCAGUCGGGACCAUGAUAGGGCAGGUAGCAGGGACCGCGAUAGGGCAGGUAGUAGGGACCACGAUCAUAACAGGGAGGAUCAAGGUGAUAAUCGAGAGCGAGGGAGACAUUAUGAUCACAGGAGUAGGGAACGCGAUAGGUAUUAUGAUCGUGAUCGUGCGUAUAAUCGGGAACAUGAUAAAGAUUCUGAUCGCUCUCGUAGUUAUGAUUCAAGAAGUUACAAAAGGUCACGUUCGAGGUCAAAAGAGCGUUCAAGGGAUUAUGAUCGCCACAGGCGGUAUGAUUGAUAUUAGGCACUCAAAAGGGGCACUGGAGUGUGAUUUAUCUAAAGUCAAUGCUCAUUAACCUUCUGGGAAAAAGAUGGAAUCUGUUUUUUGAACGCUUCCUAAUAGAUUACUGCUUGGC